AUGCGCCAGAGCAGCAGCGCCGGACCCACUUCUCCAGGUGAGUGGUCUUUAGCGGACCCCGUUUCAGCCAAUCACGUCCGAUAUGCAAAUCGCGGCGGGGCUAGAGCGCGACGAGUCGGGGGUCUGGUGCUGAGCCAGGAGAGGAGCGAGGAAGCUGCUUAGCUACCGAGAGGAGUUGUCUGAAGUUUAAGCUCUUCGGUGUUAUCUCCCUCUUUAAAAGAGCCGGAUAAAAGUUUCUCUCUUACGCCCAGCGCUCAAUUUUAAACAGCGAAGCAGGUGUACUCAGCAAUGCAGUGUUUCCAAAAAGCAAGCAAACUUUGGGUCUCCAGCUGCUUUUGGACUACAACUCCCAUCACUAGCAAGACCAGUGGUCGGGGAUGAUGGGAACUGUAGUCCCAAAACAGCUGGAGACCCAAGUUUCGGAAACGCUGCUCCACUGUCUUCCAAAUUCCAGCUGCCGCAAACCGCAAGAGGUGGGGACACCUUUGCGCUCAGAUCCUGUUUGUGGGCUUCCUGUGGACAUCUGGUUGGCCACUGUGAGAAGAGGAUGCUGGGAUAGAUGGGCCACCCUGGUCUGAUCCAGCAAGCCUCGUCUUAUGGGAAGAGAUAAGGUAAAGGGACCCCUGACCGUUAGGUCCAGUCGCAGACGACUCUGGGGUUGCGGCGCUCAUCUCACUUUAUUGGCUGAGGGAGCCGGCGUACAGCUUCCGAGUCAUGUGGCCAGCAUGACCAAGCCGCUUCUGGCGAACCAGAGCAGCACACAGAAACGCUGUUUACCUUCCCGCCGGAGCAGUACCUAUUUAUCUACUUGUACUUUGACAUGCUUUCAAACUGCUAGGUUGGCAGGAGCAGGGACUGAGCAAUGGGAGCUCACCCUGUCACAGGGAUUCGAACCGUCAACCUUCUGGUCAACAAGCCCUAGGCUCUGUGGUUUAACCCACAGCGCCACCCGCGUCCCCAUGGGAAGAGAUAGCGGAGAUUAAAUGGUAAAGGCUCUGGAAAGCCAAUCCCUGACUUCUCCUUUGGGGCACCCUUGUCUGUUCUUAACUCUCUAUGCUCCAAGGGCAAGCCUUGGCUCUGUAAACAUCAAGGGCAUAAAUUAAGGCCUAUUUUUGCUCUUCCCUUCAUCCCUCUGUCUUGCCAAGACUGAGUCACUGACGUCUCUCCACUGUGGAGGAGCCAGCAUGUCCGGUGGUGCUUCCAGGGGUCAGUUGUGAUGCUUGAAGUAAGGGUUACAUCCUGUAGAGCUGUGCUGAUUUACAAAAAGGAGCAUUGUUUAAAGUGGUGUUUAUUAUUCUCUGGUACAGCAGUGUGUUCAAGAUUAACUACUGCCAAGUCACCUUGUUUAGGUGGAUUUUGGGGGGAGAAUAUGUUGGUGUAUGUGUGGAUUUAAAAUUGUGCAAUUUAUUAUUAUUAUUAUUAUUAGUUUUUAUAUGGCUUAAGAUAAAAAUUGUUUUUGUUGGCAUAUAUCUGUCUUGGGAGACAAUAGGAAGUGCUAAAACCAUAGGGGGAGUCAUUAAAAAAACAAUUACACAUUAAUAGAAUUUACAAAAAUAUAUAAAUAUAAAAUAACUAUUAAAAACAUACGGAUAAUUCCAAUAAAAACAGCACGUCACCAGCGCUUUCAUUAGGCUGUUUCCAGUGCUGAAUUUUGAAUUUGUCUUCACAUCAGGUUAUCCAAAAUGUUUGUGUAUCCUGUACUUUGUUGUGAAAUACUGCUGCCUGGUGCAUUCAGAACACACCCUUAGGGAAAGAGAUGGGAUUAGCACCUUUAGGAUUUUGUUUCUUUUUGAAGGCAGGAGUUAUUAUAACCCAGCCCAUUACAAAUGAUCUGCAGAUUACUCACCUACGCUCCCCCCCCCCCCAAGAAAACCUUGUGAUCCUCCAUGCUUCAGCAUUCCUGAAUAGGAUGACAAAACAAGGACUAUGAGGAUUGGUCCUUGGACACUGUGCCCAAGUUUUGCUUUAAACUUCUAAAAAGAACAAUGGUAUGAUUCUUCCAAGAUAUCCUAGUGUUUUUAAUGACUUUAUGUACUGCGGUCUUAUAAUCCUGUUUUGUAUGCAAGCCGCAGCAUAGUAUAGCAUGUUCAGAUUUUUACUGAUUUUUUAAAUCAGCUGUACCAGCAGAUAUAUGUGCAAUAUUGCCUGCUGCAAUAGCUAAACAUGGUCUUUAUAUAUUAUGUAAGUUUGGGGCUUUAUCAAUAAAUGCACAAGUUUUGUAAUGCUACUGCAGUAUCUGUAUAUGGUGAGGGUGGCGGGGGAGAGUUUGGGACCAUUUUCUAUCUCUCUCUCUUUAUUUUAUGCUUCUGAUAGAGACAGGAAGAUGUUGCGCAGUAAACUGAAAAAAGUGUUGGAAGUAAUUUGCCAAGUCAGAGGGAUCUUUGUGACCUCCAUUUCCUAUAUGUGGCUCUUGACUUUGUUCCAGGUUCCUGGUUCCUGGUAGCUUUUAUCUGCCUAAGCCUGCCCAGCUCAUUGGCUUAUCAUCUUCACACCAAAGGACAAGCCACCAAAGGCCUGGCAGCCAAUUUAAGCGAUUGCCUGGUUCUUUCCUCGCAUCUGAUGGACGCAGCUGAUAUGGCGUUGCAUCAGCUCCAGGUAUAGCAUUAUUUAUUGGAAGAACAUAACAUUAUUAGCAUUAGCAUUGGCAUUCAUCCUGAUUUGCUUGCAGAAAGCGUACACAGAGGUUAAACUGUGUGCAGUCUAUAAUGGACAUUUGUUCUGAUUUGUUUGUGGGGAGGUUAUACGACAGUGAGUUUCCUUGGUUUCCUUACACAGAGGUUAUACGUGUUCCUAUUUAUUAAUUAAUUAAUUUUUCAGUGUGUUUCACUGUCACUUUCCUAACUGCAAACUGUUCAUUUGUUUUAAAGUGGAUGUGUUGCAGCAGGGUGACACAAGCGUUUUGUUCCACUUCAAUUGCACAAACCUAAAUUUCUGGUAGGUGCCCGAGUCCUUCCUGCAAAAUGCAGACAGACUAGAGGUGAUCUUGUACGAUGAGUAUAUAAAGAGCGUUACAGAGUUUAACUCAUAGGUAGGCAAACUAAGGCCCAGGGGCCGGAUCCGGCCCAAUCGCCUUCUAAAUCCAGCCCGUGGACGGUCCAGGAAUCAGCCUGUUUUUACAUGAGUAGAAUGUGUCCUUUGAUUUAAAAUGCAUCUCUGGGUUAUUUGUGAGGCCUGCCUGGUGUUUUUACAUGAGUAUAAUGUGUCCUUUGAUUUAAAAUGCAUCUCUGGGUUAUUUGUGGGGCAUAGGAAUUCGUUCAAUCCCCCCCCCCCCCGCCACCCCAAAAAAUAUAGUCCGGUCCCUCACAAGGUCUGAGGGACAGUGGAUUGGCCCCCUGCUGAAAAAGUUUAAAAGUUUUAACUAGUGAAAGAGGGGGAAAGCCGAGAAAGUAUUUCCUCUCCUACAGAAAUGUUGAAUGAGUGAUUUGGGAGAAAGAGAACAGCCAAGAGCGCAUGGCAUUCCAAGCAGCAGGGAGUCAAGAAAGAUAAGGAGAGUGCCAGUGGUUUUGGUUGGCCUGAGAGCAGUUUCAGUGGAGCUUCAGAAAGCAGUUUGUAAGUGAUAAUAUGUGUGCAUAUGAAUUAGCCCUCAUAUGCUCCCUGGCACUGACAUUGCAAAACUUUUUACAGACUUCUUUCUUUCUGCCACCUCCCCCCCCCCUCCCCACUCCACUUCAGGCUGGCAACACCCAUUAUAUUUUACAGACAUCGUGUGUGAUCUGAGAGACAUCUCUCUUACAGCCAAUCUGCCAAAAGAAGGGAGAAACCUGCUUUUUGCAGGUGAUUGCAAAAGAGUCUUCUCCCUUGCUCAGUCAAUAGUACUUGUUUUGGCUUGCCUUUGGCUGUCUGUGCUUCGUCCCCAACAAGAUACAGGUGCAUGCAGCUGAAUUGAGCAGGAUGCAGCCGAACUGAACAGCAUGGCAUCUGCCAAGCAAGGGUUUAAUCCUGCUGCUUUCCUGGCUCCUAGUUGCUGAAGGCUUGAUGGAGAGUUCUUUAUAAAAGCUUUCAUCCAGGCUUCCUCAGAUGUUUUUGGCCUACAACUCCCAUGAUCCCUAGCUAGCAGGUCCAGUGGUCAGGGAUGAUGGGAAUUGUAGCCUCAAAAGAUUUGAAGGGCUGAGAUUGAGGAAGCCUGCUUUAAUCCCUAUAUUAUUCUAGUGCAUAUGCAAAUUUCUGUCUUAAGUCACUUCAGGCAAUAUGCAUGGUUAGUCCUUAAUACAGCUACAGCUCUGGAUGUUGAUCCAAUGCUGUCCCACACCUUGUCCAUCCUAGAUGUUUCAGGUUACAGACGCUUCAGGUUACAGACUCCGCUAACCCAGAAACAGUACCUCGGGUUAAGAACUUUGCUUCAGGAUGAGAACAGAAAUCGUGCUCCAAUGGUGCGGCAGCAGCAGGAGGCCCCAUUAGCUAAAGUGGUGCUUCAGGUUAAGAACAGUUUCAGGUUAAGAACAGACCUCCGGAAUGAAUUAAGUUCUUAACCCGAGGCACCACUGUAUAAGAAUGGAGUGAGCUCACCUUAAGGCUGAAAGCGUUUCUGCAAUCUCUUGCUAUACUCUGUUUCCUUCUCUUUUGAUUCCUCCUGGGCCUACGUGGCAGGGGAGGUGUUUGCCUCCUGAGAGGUGGCUGGAACAGGUAAAACAACAGCCUCUGGGCAGAGCUACUCCCAAUAUCUUACGUGCCAAGGUGAGCAUAUCAGAGAGAGGCUCUGACAAGCUUGGCAUGUGAGUAAGGGAUGGAGAGGAAGGCAGAAUUCGUGGCUCCUGUAGCAACAAUGGAUGAGACACAAGGGAGUGGCCUCUCCAGGAUCCUUGCUUGCAGAUUCCUCCACUCCUGGCAGAGGCCCCCACAUCCAGCCAGGGCCCUUCCCCAAGUACUUGGUCAGUUGUCCAUCUGCACUGUCCCAUCUUGGCCAGUCCAUGACACCCUUGAGCAACUGUUCUCUGCUAGGAACACCCCCCCCCUCAGCCAAUACUCCCACCCAUCAGCUGAUGCCACAAGUGAUGUCAGUUGAUGGACAGGUGGGUGUGGUUUGGUAAAUUGGCCUCUUUUAUCAGGACAUGGACUAGGGCUAUUCCAGUCCAGAAACAGCUAUAGCUGGGGAUAGGUGCUAACCCACUGAGGCCACCUGUCAGCAGAGAACUGAGGACACAGACCUUUGCAGCAAUGGUGGGGAGACUUCAGCUCCUGGACCUAAUUAGGACUGUCCGUCUUCCCCAUUUGGCUUACAAUGUGGUUUGGCCCAAACCACACUUGCCUGGUUGCUUAUCACCUGACACCACAUGACAGGUAAAACAGCAACUCCAAAUUCAAAAGGAGGAACCAGGAGCACCCUCUAGGUACGUUCCUGAUUCUUCCUUUGCAGCCACAGCCAUGGCUUGAAUUCAUUGCAUCUGCAAAGGAAGGAUCUUUGCAGCCACCACUUGAAUUCUUUCUUAAAUUCAAGCCAUGGCUGCAAAGGUCUGAAAUCUUUAUUCCUUAUAUAAUAGCUGGGCUAAUUCCUAUGUAAUAAGGUGAUAUAAACUUGCUCUGUUUUGAUUUUUGAGCCUGUCAUUUAUUGUGACCAUUUUUAACUGAACAGUUAAGUCUCCAGCUUGUUGAUUUGCAGUGCUCAGGUUUUGUUUUUUUUAAAUCCACUAAUAGUAGUGAAGGGCAUAAUCAGUUUUGCAGAAGUUCAAAAAGUAGUGUGUGCAAUCCAUUCUCUAGUAAGCUCUGCUAAAUGGCAACUGGAAUCAAUAAGGUGAUAGGACUGCGCAUCCUGCUCUACAGAAAAGCACACUGUGAAAAACCGCUGCCUGAGCAUACACAGUCAAAACCUUAUCAAAUGUAUUCCAAAUGGCACAUUGCUUGAACGUCCAUGAAAUAUAUUGCUAUGGGAAUACUAUUGUGUUCUGUCUACUGAAGAUAUGGUUGUCUCUCUAGGCUUUUGCAUGGAUUAGAGCUACUUUGCCUUGAUCCUGACUUGUUCCUGGAGUUCAGAAUACAGACCACACCUACCUGCCAGGGUGGGGGCAGCAAAACCCAUCCUGCAGUUUAGAAUCUAGCAAAUCCUUGCAGCUGAUUUGAAGCACUCUCUGUCUAGGGACCUGCAUGUUCUUUGUCCCGCUAAUCUUAAAAUAUUUGUAAAUACAUAUUGCUCAAACACUGUUAUGCCUUCAGUUUUUUCCUCCUUAUGGGGACUGAACUUGUGAAAGAGCGUCUCCUGUCUCAGAAAAGGUGGAAGGACCAAACAGUGCAAUAGGUGAAAAGACCAUGGAAUAUUAGAGAGCCAGCAACAAAAUGCUACAAAAUGUUGAGUUCCAGCUAUAUUGUCUUCCAGCUUUCCAUAAUUAUUUCUGCACCCAACAGUCAGUCAGUGCUCCAUACUUCUGAACAUGCUCAGUCCUUCUUGGGUUGUUUUUAGCUGCAUGAAGGACUGGCACUCACCUCUGAACUCCAGAAAUAAGAGACAGUGGUGGGGAUCGAUAAAUAAUCUGCAGUGUUAGCAGAGAUAUAGGUGUAGACCCCUCGCUUCUCUCACACAUGCAGAAACAAAUACCUACUAUGAUCCCUCCCUGAUUUCUGAACCAUGCAACAGAAUGAGUCAUUGCCAUGCCAAUCUGGUGAUGAUGGCAGCUGCUGGAAUAUCUGGGUCAACCUGCUGUACCGCAGCAGGUUCAUAUUCUUGAGCGCUAUUGUAACAUUAUCUCAUGCAUUUUUAUGCUAAAUACACAGUGAGUUGGAAUGAUUUCUCUGAAAGUUCCAUAGACAUAAAAAAGAAUGGCUGCAAUCCUAAACCCAGUUACUAGUACGCCUCACGGUUGGACGUACGUAGGGUUACACUGUUAGAACCAACUCCGUCUGAAAGUAAGGGCAGCAUUUUCUUUGUGAGCAGUUUCAGAGGUUCAGACAGAGGUUCCCACACUUGUUUACAAGGUGUACAGCAUAGCUCAUAUGUCACUCUUCAUAGUGCAUAUUACAGGUGUGAAAACUUUCAUGCCCCCAAAGGGGGUGGGGCAGAUGUUGCAGGCUGAACUUCUAAGCAAACAAGCAUGGGAAGAAGAAGUGCAACUCAAAUGCACUUCCUUUUCUUUGAAAGCCUAGGCCAUUCUGUGCUCUCUGGAUAUUUGUCAGUAGCCAUGACCAAGCAGUGAUGCAAGGUCUUCAACACAAUUCCCAUUGCACGCAGUAACUGUACUGAUUCAAUUGAUAUUCUCUUCACUUUUAUAGAAGCAAUUUAAUUGUACACUGGAAUAUAAUGUUCCUGAAAAUCCUAAGAAUGAAGAGAAGAUCCAGAAGGCCUGUAUGGGAGGAAGUUCACUGAAGGUAUUACAAUGAGUACUUUCUAACAAAUGCAAUGGGUUAGCCAAAUUCAUGGUUGCAGUGAAAUUAAUGCUUCUCAUCUUGCAUCUUUGAUUUCAGCCUGGACUCUGUCCCUCAGGAGAAAAUGAUGCUGUUGAUCAGGUAAAUUUCCAUCCUCAGAUGGCAGCAAGUUUAUUUGUCUUGUGUAAAGGAAUCUUCCAGAACCUUUGCUUAUAUCUUUAUUGUUGCGUUUUCUUGCAGACUGCAUGCAUGGACACCAUCUAUAAAAUUCUGAAACACUAUAUGGCGGAAAUCAAGGAUUUUAAUUCUCCAGAGCUUUUUCAUGCUGUCAGCAUUAUGAUGCAGGUAAAUAUAUAUAUUUGAACUAUUAUUAAUAUUGCUUUGCCUUCUUUGAAUCCUGUAAUUUUACUGAAUUCCGUAACUCUUUCAUAAACUUCAUGAAAGAUGUAAUAGUCAGACCAACUGAUUUAAUCAGACAGAAGAUACCUAUGGUUGCAUUAAACUCAAAUCUUUACUUUUCAUGGGCAUGUGUAUGUAUCCAGAAGGAUGGAUUAUGAUGUCAACAAACACUGAUGAUUCAUAGCAAUUGCAAAUGUUGCAAUUAGCAUGUCUGAUGUUCUAAGCAGUUACAAACAACAAUGGAGAACCUGUGGCUUUCUAGAUCUGAACAUAACUUUGACUCUUACUCUUCCAUUCCAUUCCCCCUCAUGGUAGCAUGCUUUUCUGUUCCCAUUUCAUAAAUGUGAGGCAUCGUUAUGCUAUUUCAAACAAUUAGGUACUGCAUCGGUUAUGUGUGAAUGUGUGCCCCUGCAUUCAUCUUUCUUUUUGAUUGUGCAUCUUUUAUAGGCUUUGAAAACCAGCCAGAACAUCACGGAGCAGCCACCACCCUCACCACAACAACCUUCCAGAAAGACAUUUGAAAUGGAGAUGAAGGAAUGCGAAAUUCUUCUAACUUUGCAGCAGCUCACUCAGACCAUCGACAGAACCUUGAGCCACCUCUACGGGAAGUCUCUAGAAAUGCAAAUGUAA